AUGCUUUGGAAGACUUUGCUGCUGCUGCUGUUCUAUUACAGUGCUCAUGCCACUGUGACCCACAGAUGGAGCAGAGCUAUGCUUUUCCCAGCUGCUCAGCGAUUCAAGAGGUCCUCAGCUGCCUUCCUUAACCCAGUGCUACAAAACUCGCUGGAAGAUGUGGUCCUGCUUUAUGAGUUUCUUUUAGCUGAGCUUGACAUUGACAAAGGUCAGAGGAUCUCCAUCAAAGAUGAGGAGCUCGCUUCACUGAGGAAGGCUGCUGAGUUUGACACCAUCUGCAAUGAGAUUAUCCCCAAGAGCAUCACAGAGAUCCGCAGGCUGACUAGCAGGCUGUCUUCCUACCCAAGGGUCCUCAAGAAAGAAGACUUUGAAAGGACAGUGCUGACCAUGGUCUACACGGCCUACAGGGCUGCUCAGUCCCAGGGGCACCAGAAAGAGGCUUGGGCUGAUUCCUUUGUCAGUCUUUACAAAGCCCUGAAGCACGACUUGAUGUUGCCAUACAACAAAGAGCCAUCAUAG